ACUUGUCAUGGUUGGCCGGUCGUCACAACUAUAUUCAAUGCUACUCCAACAUCAACGUUCACGUGGAGUCACUGGAUACCUAAUAAGCAUCAAGCACGAGGUAGGCCCCGGCCAGCUCGAUCGCAUAUUCCUUUUCAAUGGCGACAAAAGAGAUGGAAGGAAUCAUCGUAGACACCAGCUUUGUUUGGGAGAAUGUCCCUCACUUGGGUGCCAUGGUUCUUUACUCAGAGAGUAAAAUCCCUUCACACUUGGGAAUGGAAAUGCUUGAAGAGACGUCGAUGGUUAUCAAGUGGAAAAGAAAGCUCCAAGAUUGGUAGAAGAAGAGUAGCUUCUCCGCAUGUCUGUUGCUGAUCCCUACCAGUGACUGCUGAUCACUGCCCGUGGCUGCUGAUCCACACUUGCGACUGUCGAUCUCUUCCCACGACUGUGAUCCACACUAGUGACUGCCAAUCUCUAUCUGCAACUGCCAAUCCAUGCCAGCAACUGCUGAUCUCUGCCAACGAUUGUUGAUCCACGCCAACAGCACCAGUUUCAUAUCAAUCGGAAAGACCUCAGCUGAGCAAAACAAAAUUUGAGGUUUUUCUACAGUUAUACUUUCAAUUACUACAAAUGAGCAUGCUUGGAGACAUAAACAAAGGAAUGCAAU